AUGUGGCUUAUGAUUCAAGACAGUCCAACCACAGUCAGUAUGGAAGUGCAGACAACCUCUCUGGUCUGGAUAUAUGUUAACAGGACAGAACAGCUGAACUCUUCAUAUGAAUACAACACCACGGAUUUGAUUGAAGACUCAGACAAAUACCAGUCUUACAUAAUUGGUCUCUUCCUGUCCUGCCUGUACACAAUCCUCCUCUUUCCUAUUGGAUUUAUCGGUAACAUCUUAAUCCUGGUGGUGAACCUGAACCACAGAGAAAAGAUGACCAUCCCUGACCUUUACUUUGUCAACCUGGCCGUAGCUGACCUCAUCCUGGUGGCAGAUUCGCUCAUCGAGGUCUUCAACCUGAACGAGAAGUAUUACGACUAUGCCGUCCUCUGCACCUUCAUGUCCCUUUUCCUGCAGAUCAACAUGUACAGCAGUAUCUUCUUCCUCACGUGGAUGAGCUUCGACCGGUACGUUGCCUUGGCUAGCUCCAUAAGCAGCAGCCCGCUGAGGACUAUGCAGCACGCCAAGCUCAGCUGUGGCCUCAUCUGGAUGGCCUCCAUCCUGGCCACCCUCCUCCCCUUCACCAUUGUGCAGACGCAGCACAGGGGUGAGGUGCACUUCUGCUUUGCCAACGUCUUUGAGAUCCAGUGGCUGGAGGUUACCAUUGGCUUUUUGGUGCCGUUCUCCAUCAUUGGUCUAUGCUACUCUCUGAUCGGGCGCAUCCUCAUGAGGGCCCAGAAGCACCGUGGACUGUGGCCACGGCGGCAGAAAGCCCUGCGCAUGAUCGUGGUGGUGGUUCUGGUGUUCUUCAUCUGCUGGCUCCCGGAGAACGUCUUCAUCAGCAUCCAGCUGCUGCAGGGCACAGCUGACCCGUCGCAGAGGACUGCUACCACCCUGUGGCACGACUACCCGCUCACAGGCCACAUUGUUAACCUGGCAGCUUUCUCCAACAGCUGCCUCAACCCCAUUAUCUACAGCUUUCUAGGGGAAACCUUCAGGGACAAGCUGCGUCUCUUCAUUAAGCAGAAGGCCAGCUGGUCAGUAGUGAACCGCUUCUGCCACCACGGCCUCGAUUUACGCCUCCCUGUCAGGAGCGAAGUGUCAGAGGUGUGACUGCUGA